AAACUUGACGCGCUUCCGGAGUUCUGGAUCUUCCGUUUCCUCUUGUAUUCCAUCGUCUUCCUCAUCUCGAUCGCUGUAUAUAAAUAUCACUAGACAGCUACGUGAUUGUUCAUCCGUCGCUCCGUGCAACAAUCGAUCACCAUUUCAAGCAAAUCAAGCACACACGCUUAAUCACGGUCAAAAUGGCGGCCUACGAGAAGCAGCAGCCGCAACAGCAGCCUCAGCCGCAGCUGAACGCCGCUUACUACGGCCCGCCAAUCCCUCCGCAGCCGGCGUACUACGGCCCACCACCCGCCGCCCCCCGCCGGCGCGGGCCGCGCUGCUUCCUCUUCAUGGUCGUUGCCCUAGUCGUCAUCGCCCUCGGCACGGCCUCCCUCGUCCUGUGGCUCAUCUUCCGCCCGGACACCCCUAAGGCCUAUGCCGACUCCGCCGCGCUCUCCCGCUUCGACCUCGGCGCCGGCAGCGGCAUCAACGGCGGGGACCUCCUCCAGUACAACCUCACCGUCAACAUCCGUCUGCGGAACCCCAACCGCUUCGGGAUCCACUACGACUACGCCGAGGCGCAUGCGUCCUACGACGACGACCGGUUCGGGUUCCACGCCGUCCAACCGUUCUACCUGGACAGCAAGAGCGACGGUAGGAUCACCACAACGUUCAGCGGCUCCUCGGUGAUGACCGACGACGACGUGCGGCGCACGUACCGGAGGGAGAGGACGGACGGGUUCUUCUACGUUAAGGUGAAGGUUUACUCCGAUCUUAGAUUCAAGGUGAGGGUGUUCAACGUGCACGACAAGAGCAAGAUCACCUGCGUGCUGCGGCUGCCGGUGCCCGCCGCGGGCGACGCGAACUCCACGGCGAUGACAACGCUGGGGACGAGGUGCGACGUGGACUUCUGAUCCUUGUGCUGGCCGGGGAUGACGCGGUCGACUAUGUCUAUAUAUAUUUGGCUGGUAGUUUGUACAUGUCAUUUGAGAUCAUGUACACAGGUGUGCUGUGUGCAUGCAUGCUUUUGAUCAGCUUAUACAGUCGUUUGUUUCUUAUGCACAUAUGAAUGAAUGGAUCUGUAUCCUGCGUUCGUUCGUUUCA